AUGUAAAUAAUAUAAUCCAAUAAAAAGGACUUCUGAAAACUUGCCAAUCUUGUAGAAAAUUGAUUAAGGGUGUGUUGUUUGGUUCUUGCUGUUAUAUUUUUUCUGUUGUGUUUGUAAAUCAAUUGCAUGAAAAAGUAUUGUGCAAGCAGCCCCCCGACACGUACCUAUACAUACAUAGUGUCGAACCUGUCCCGGUAAACAAAAAGCAAAAUGAAAACAAACGUCGCCGCUGCUGGCUGCGCCAUCAUUCGAAAAACCAACGCGCAACAGAGCACUCGAAUAUUCACAUCCACCCCAAAAAAUAGUCAUCAGCGCACGGAAACAUCGCCACUUUUCCAUAACUGUGUAGGUGCAGCUAACAAGGGCGGCGGCGUGGGCGUGACACUGGCAACCUUCGACCCGCGGCUCAAGAAGGCGGCCCUACUUCUGGGCAUACUCAUCAUUGGAUACAAGACCGUCAUUCUAAGCAUGCCGUACAUCAACGCAGACAGCGUUCAACAGUUGACCGGCUAUGUGCAGGGUCAAUGGAGCGAGGCCUUGGGAUGGACUGAGAGGCACCAACUGGUCUCCAAGCUGAGCCCACUGUUGUGUGGCCUCAUCGUGGCCACAUUCGCCUACGGAAUGGUCUACUUGGACAGCGCAGUGCCAGGCGUGACGCCGCCCUCUCCCUUCUCGCCCCGUUCAAAACAACGGUUCCGUCAGCAGAAGAGUGCGUCGCUGCACUUGGGCUAUCUGUGCGCUCUGUUCUCUGGAUUGCUGGUGACGAUCUUUAUGCACUUUGAUCUUUAUGAUUAACAUCAGCGCAAAGCCCUCGUCCUUCCAUUUAGAAAAUCAAUUUCAACAGUAUUAGAUUUAACUUUAUUUCUUUUGUAUUUCCUGUGGAAUCUGUAAUUUUAUUUAUUUUAUAUGUACGUAUCUGAAGUGUAAAUGUGUAAGGCUCCUCGAGAACCAAGUCGAAGGAAGUUAAUAAGCUAAUUUAAUGGGAAACAUUGCGGCAUUUUGGAGCCAACUUAGUUCCUAGAUAAAUUAAUACUAGUAUUAAUACCAUUUGCAUAGUACAAAAUGUAAAUAUCCAGUAAAGACCUUAGACCAGGCCGUACAGGUAAUGUUUUAAAUUGUAGAACUGCUCGCUGGUCUAAAUGUCGUAGGGAAAAGCCCCCAUACAUAGUAUUAACACUACUAAUAAACAUUAUUUUGCACUAAAA